AUGACGACUAAGCCCAUCCAUCGGAACUCGCAAUUCCAGAAGCCCUCCUCUCUACGCUGGACGUGGGAGUCACCCAGUGGAGGGUACCGUAAUGGAAUAGACCACAUCACCGUCAAUAAAAGGUUCUGCCUGACGGACGUCGCUGUUGUAUCAAAGUUCUAUACGGGAUCGGACCAUCGCCUCUUCCGAGGAAGAAUUUCCUUCACAAGGAGAGAACAGAAAGCCGCCAAGUUCAGAGAGCGAAAUCUCAGAACUAUCAUUAACUGGGAUCUCUUCGCUACGCUAGCCGGCUUCUGGGAAGAUUCCGCGAUGGACAACAUCGACGAGGAAUAUGACCAGCGCGUUGAACACCUUCACGAAUGCACGAAGAAGGCUGAGGAUUUUAAAACCACCAAGAGACGCUUGUCUCUUGAAACUCUUGAGCUGAUACGCCAGCGUGGAGCAGCACGAGCUGCAGGGAACCAAGAACUCACGUCCGAGCUCACAAGGCUUUGCAGAGAGGCGAUAAAGGAAGACCUUAAAGAGAGAAGAGCAGAAGUACUGGCUGAAGCAGCAGAAGUCGGAAAAAGCAUCCGCUAUGCCCGUCGAGAAUUCGACAGUCGCAAUACGAGGAUGACCGCUCUCCGGAACCCAAAGGGAACAACCAUUGCAUCGAGAAGGGGGAUAGAGAAAAUUAUCUACGACUUCUACUCUGAUCUCUUCAACAGCCAUGUCCACUUGCCUCCAUCUGAGGGAAGACGGACAUUUCAUUCCAGAGGUUCUCCCGUCCGAAAUACGAAAAUUCUAUCACGUCGGUAA